AGGACAGGGGGCUUGAUGGGUCUCACGGUCUUUGGGGAAUGGGUUAUGCUUGAGAAAGUGCUGGGAAUAACUACCCAAACCAGUAGCGGUUUAGCUUGUGACCCAAAUACCGGGCAGAUAGCAUAUCCUGCAGGGUGUGUGGUUGUAAUUUUAAAUCCCCAAAAGAAUAAACAAAGACACAUCUUUAAUACUUCCAGGAAAACACUGAGUGCUCUGUCUUUCUCCCCUGAUGGAAAAUUUAUUGUUACUGGUGAGAAUGGGCACAGACCAGCUGUACGAGUGUGGGAUGUCGAGGAGAAGACGCAAGUAUCUGAACUGCACGGCCAUAAGCAUGGAGUGGGUUGCGUGGCUUUUUCUCCCAACAUGAAGUAUAUUGUAUCAGUGGGCUACCAGCAUGAUAUGACUGUCAAUGUGUGGGACUGGAAGAAGAACACUCUAGUAGCAUCGAACAAGGUGUCAUGUAAGGUUAUGGCAAUAUCCUUCUCGGAGGACAGCUACUUUGUUACUGUUGGCCACCGCCAUGUUAAAUUCUGGUUCUUGGAUGCAUCAAGAGAAGUGAAGAUUAAAGAGACUGUGCCAUUGGUCGGUCGCUCUGGACUUCUGGGAGAACUUCACAAUAACAUCUUUUGUGGUGUAGCCUGUGGGCAAGGGAAAAUGUUGGGAAACACCUUCUGUGUUUCUUACUCUGGGCUUCUCUGUCAAUUUAACGAGAAGCGAAUGCUAGAAAAAUGGAUUGAUCUGAAGGUAUCAGUAGCAAAUUGCAUCUGUGUUAGUGAAGAGUUUAUUUUUUGUGGCUGUGCAAAUGGAACCGUGAGGAUCUUUUAUUCUCACAACAUGCACUAUCUCAGUGACCUGCCAAAACCGCACUCCUUGGGCGUGGAUGUAGCCAAAGAGCUUGAACCAAGAAAACCAGAUUCCGUUUACCCAGACACCAUUGCUUUAGCCUUUGACCCAUGUAAUUGUUGGCUCUCGUGUGUGUACAAGGACCACAGUAUAUACAUCUGGGAUGUUAAAGACACAAACAAAGUUGGCAAAGUGUGGUCAGACCUCUUCCACAGUUCUUUUGUAUGGAAUGUUGAGGUUUAUCCUGAGUUUGAGGAUCACAGAUCUUGUUUACCUCCAGGAUCUUUUCUGACUUGUUCAUCAGAUAACACCAUACGAUUUUGGAAUGUGGAAAGUGGCACUGGACCUAUGUUCCAGAAAAAUAUUUACAGUAAUAACUUGCUGAAGGUGGUGUAUGUGGACAACAACAAUCAGCAUUUGCAAGAUUCGGCCAUUGUGCCUGACCGAAAUGAGAAUGCAGGCCAUCUAGAUGUGAAAGCAGGUGUGCGUGUCAUGCAGAUUAGCCCCGAUGGCCAACAUUUAGCCUCUGGGGACAGAGGAGGCAACUUGAGGAUACAUGAGUUACAGUUUAUGCAUGAAGUGAUUAAAGUGGAAGCUCAUGAUUCAGAAGUUCUCUGCUUGGAGUAUUCCAAACCAGAAACUGGAAUGGCACUGCUGGCCUCAGCAAGCAGAGACCGUCUGAUUCAUGUGUUAAAUGUAGAUAAAAAAUAUAAAUUGGAGCAAACUCUGGAUGAUCAUUCAUCUGCCAUAACAGCUGUUAAAUUUGCAGGUAAUGGAGAAGUUCAAAUGAUAAGCUGUGGAGCUGAUAAAAGUAUUUAUUUUCGCAGUGCACAAAAGGUUGCGGAUGGGAUUAAUUUCAUUAGAACCCAUCAUGUCGCUGAAAAAACCACCUUGUAUGACAUGGAUAUUGAUAUCACACAGAAAUAUGUAGCUGUUGCCUGCCAAGAUAGAAAUGUCAGAGUAUACAACACUGUCAGUGGGAAACAAAAAUGGUGCUACAAGGGAUCGCAAGGUGAUGAUGGGUCGUUAUUAAAGGUACAGCUGGAUCUCUCAGGAACUUUUCUAGCAACCAGUUGCUCGGAUAAAAGUAUUUCAAUCAUUGACUUCCACUCCGGCGAGUGUGUUGCAAAAAUGUUUGGUCAUUCAGAAUUAGUAACUGGGAUGAAGUUUACCUAUGAUUGCAAGCAUUUAAUCACCGUCUCAGGAGACAGUUGUGUGUUUCUAUGGCACCUUGGCCCGGAGAUUACAAACUGUAUGAAACAGCACUUGGUAGAGCUCAAUCAAAUACAACAGCAGAGGAAAGCAAGAGAAUUAAGCUGGUCUAAUCCAGUCAGGCGGGAGACCUAUGAUGCGGUGCCAAGUGGAAGAAUGGCCCAGAAAGUGGAAGAGCCGACUGACUACGAAACUGAUGAAGAGAAGGAAGAGGAGUCCUCUCUGCAGACCCCUGCUAAAGAAGACUUUGACACAGACCCGACCUGCAUACUAACUAAUGGCAAGCUACCUAUGUGGGCAAAGAGACUGCUCGGAGAGGCAGAAAAUUUGGACAGCAUGACGUUUAAUUCAAGGAUGAAUUACCAGCCACAGGGACGAUGGGCAGAACGUGCUGACAAAGAGCCAAUAAAAACCCUUUUAGACACACAGAUCAGUUACUUUACCCCAAUAAAAAAUGAUUUCCUGGAUGAUGCUGAACUCGAGCCGAAGAAUCUGGAGCAACUGCUUUUGGAGACUGAGAAUUCCCCUAGCAAUGUCAUUGAGGACUUCAAGCGCCCGGUCCUCGUCUCAGAGGAUGAAACAAAUCCGGAGUCUGAAUCUCUUGAAACAAGUGGAAACAGCAUAUAUGAUGCCCAGGGUGGGGACAGCUCUUUGGAGGCAGAAAGUAAAUAUGGGAAGGAGCUACAUCUUCAGCCUGUUUAUCAGAAGGAAGUCUGUAUUGGGAAAGACCAAAGCUGUCCCGUCACCUCUCUGGAUUCUGAAACGUCAGCUUUUGAUCAACAACAGGAAGAUGAGGACUCCAUGGGCUCAGAUGGAGAGUUGGACAUGGAAACAGAAGCAACUGAUUUGGAUGAGAACUUCCCGAAAAACAGUUCUUUACCCCAAACCCCAGAACAAGAGAAGUACCUGAAACAUCAUUUUGAGACCUUGGCAGAUGCCCAUGCUGAAGAGAAGUUUGAUGGCUGUUUAAAAGAUUUAAAGCCACCUGAAGAUGUGGAUGAUGGAAAACACCUGUUCUUGAAUCCACGUUUGAGUAUUUCUGCAAGAUUUCUCUCACGCUGCCAGAAAAACAGCAGGUUUGCUGCCUUUCUUCCAAGAGCACGUCAGCAAUUGCAAAAUACUACAGAUGUAAUCGACCAAUCUAAGGAAGAGAGUAAAUUAUCUAGUGAGCAUAAGAAGUCAGAGAAACCAUUGGAAGAAAAGCCCGUUGAGGUGGUAGAAAAAACAGACUCCAGUGUAUGCAGUCCCUCGGAAACCCAGAUCCUCAUGAAAAGCUUUGAAACGAACCUGCAGCCUCUGCAUGCUGCAUUCCAGGAGACACUGCAGCUUUACGACAAGCUGACCUCGCACAAAGAAUCCACAGAGGAGGAACUUCUCCAGGUAAAAACCAUGCUUGCCAGCACUUUCAGCUGGAUGAAAACGGAACUGGACUCCAGAGCUGUCAAGAACAAUGCUGAUGUCGCAACAGCUACGGACAGUCCAUCCCCUCAGCUCAAGUCCCUGCAUGACAACGAGACGCUCUAUCUCUUGAAACAUUACUCAGAAUCACUGGUGAGAAUGGUCCAGAAAAAACUUGAUGACUGUGUUAAACCAGAAUGACCCACCAGGGAGAAGAGUCAAGGGCAUGUUUUAUGGCAAUGCAGAGCCGGAAAGACCACAACGCUGUUCUGGGCCCCCGUGUGACUCCUGCGGAGUCAGACCUUUUAGGUCGAUGUGUUUUAACUGUUGUCUUCGGCACUGGUUUGGUUUAUUUAGUUGGUCUUGGGUUUGUGUGUGUGUGUAAAUUGUCUUUUCAUGACCUCAGCAAACAGUCCUGAGCAGUAGCCGAACAAGGGCUGUUUUAGAAGAAAACACUCGGACUGUUAGAGAGGGCUGAGGUGCCGCCGAUACGUUUGGAUCUGUAUUUUAAGUUGCUUUGGCAAUAGUAUUUCUGUUUUUAGACCCCUGCCCUUUCAAGAUGUCUUUAAAAUAAAUGUGUUUGUACUUGAAG